CGCCGUGGCGGGAACGUAAAUAACUCGUUUGAAAUUUUUCGAUGAAUUUUUGCACCAAAUAUCAUGCAGACACGAUUUACUCAAAGUAGAAUGAAGUAUUUUUAAAAUUUUUACACCCUAAAAAUGAGCAAGCUGCAAGCGGGUACCUCAAACAGACCUGUGAAAGCUUCUUUAUGCCGUUAUUUUGCCACGGAUGGAAAAUGUUUUUAUGGAGAUGCUUGUCAAUAUGUGCAUGCUGGAGUUUCACAGUCCGGUGAAAAAGGUUUCACGGUCCUUCCCUCAGUUGGUGGUUAUUCAAACGACUCUCCGAAUAAUUUUAAUACUGUUGAUACUGAAACUAGCAAACUUGCGAGUCGUUUUGGAGGAAUGUCGCUAGGCAUGGAGGUUAGCAACCAAAAAGUUGAAAACUUUCAAAAAGGAAGUAAUGUUUUGCGAAACUCUGCUCUAAAUCAAGGCUAUGAAUUCUUGCCAACAGCAACGAACCAUGCAGUACAGUCAGAGUCCAUUGGUGGGACUACGUUUUAUUAUCCUGAAUCGCAGCAGCCAGAACCUUCCAUAGUUCUACCUUCAUAUCAUGUUUAUCCUAGUACACCCAGUCAUUUAGCAAACUUACAAAGCAAGCCAAAUAUGAAUUCCUUUUUUAUUUCAUCACAAAUACGACAGGAAAUUUUAAAUCAACAUUCUGCUACUUUGGCGCAGCUAAGCUCUGAAGAUUUUAGUAUUCCUCAGGAAGUUGACAGUUAUCAUUCCUUAGUUCCUUUGGAACCAAUGGACUCAAUCUCUAAUCAACAAUCUCGUCGUACAUUUGGCUGCAUUACUACUUGUUUUAAGUGCAUCAACUCAAAAGAUGGCUUAACAUAUGUUUUGAGACGACUACAUGGUGUUCGACUAACAAAUCCUAAAGCUAAAAGUAUCGUUGACGAAUGGAGAAAACUACAGCAUUCCAAUUUAAUCCAACUCCGUGAAAUCUUCACAACUAAAGCUUUCGAUGACAACUCUUUGGUAUUUGUCUACGACUAUCACCCGGGCGGAGAAACUAUCCUCCAGAAACAUUUCACAGAAACUCGAAAUGGCUACUAUAUAAAAGCUGAUGCACAUACUGCUCAAAUACCUACGGUUCGAAAAACAUUUUCCCCUGCCCCUCAAAGUCGACAACAAAUCAUGCCCGAAAGACUGCUGUGGAAUUAUAUCAUCCAAAUUUCGUCGGUACUAAGAUGUAUUCACUCCAUGAUGAUGGCAUGUAGGGUUGUUGAACCUUCAAAAAUUUUGCUUCUUCCAAAUGCAAGAUUGAGGAUAAAUGGAUGUGGAAUAUUUGAUAUCCUGGAUACUAACACUACCUCGUCCAUGACACAACACUUUCAGCACGAAGAUCUUCUAGCAUUUGGCAGAUUAAUUCUGAUGCUUGCGUGCUCUUCACUACAUGCUGUUAACCGCGAGAAUGUACAACAGUCUGUCGAAUUAAUCAACAUGAAGUACUCUAGCGAUUUAAAAAAUCUAAUUAUGUAUCUCCUGCGUCAACCACCUGCUAAUCACGUGAAAAGUAUAAAUGACGUCAUGCCAAUGAUAGGUGCAAGGUUUUAUACUCAACUAGAUGCCACUCAAUUACGAUGUGAUGUUCUGUAUAGUGAACUUGCUAAGGAAAUGGAAAAUGGGCGUCUCUUUCGGUUGCUUUGCAAGAUGGGUAGCAUCAACGAAAGACCAGAAUACAACAUGGAUCCAAGUUGGUCUGAAACUGGCGAUCGGUAUUUGGUCAAAUUGUUUCGGGAUCAUCUAUUUCAUCAAGUAACUGAAACUGGCGAACCUUGGCUUGACAUGUCUCAUAUAAUUACAUCGUUGAACAAGCUUGAUUCUGGUUCCCAUGAAAAGAUCUGUUUAAUAUCACGUGAUGAACAGAGUGUUUUGGUUGUUUCUUAUCGAGAUUUAAAGGCGUGCUUCGAAGGUGCAUUCAAUGAAUUGACGACCGUAAAUAGCUAACCAUGUUUGAAAAAAUUCUCCAUUGUGUAAUAUACUUAAUUUGUACAGCAUUACCAUGGAAAUUUAGAUUUAGAAAAUGUUAGAAGAAUUUCUGAAGUGUAUAUUUGUAGCAAUUUCUAAAUUUUCGAGACAUUCAAGACCGACGCGCGUACAUUAAGGAUGUGUAUAUUUAUCAUUUGCAUUGCAGCUCUAAUUAAAACACAGUGAAUAAAUUUAAAAAAUUUGUUUGAUUAUUAUUGCCCAAUGAAAUAGGUCAUUUUUUUAACUUACCCCUUUACUUCUUAGCGUUAUGUUCUUUUUUUUAUAUAAGAAAGAUGACAAUGUUAAUCGGAAAGUAAAUGUUCUAUAUUCACCGUGUUUAAAUUGGACUGCAAUUAAAUAGUUUCAAUGACUACGUAUAAAGAACUUAUUUUUGUAGUUAUUGAAUUCAAUAAAAUUGUAUCGAUAGUAUUUAGCUGAAAA